AUGUCUCCAGGUCGGAUCGUCGACGACAAUGAGUACGACUUCAUUGUGUGCGGCGGAGGCACCACAGGCUGUGUUGUGGCGGGUAGACUGGCCGAAGAUCCCAACGCUCGCAUCCUCGUGGUCGAGGCCGGCCCGCACAACAAAGACCUCGAGAACGUCCACAUGGCUGGCGGCUGGUCCAAGAACUUCGACGGCGAACUCGACUGGAACCUGGUCACGCCGCCGAUGAAAGGCGUCAACGGCAGACAGGUCAAGCUCAGCCGCGGGAAGUUCUUGGGAGGGUCCAGCGGUGUCAACGGCACGCUGUGCAUUCGAGGCAGCAAGCAAGACUAUGACGACUGGAAUCUUCCAGGGUGGUCGGGACAGGAAUUCUUCGAGUACAUGCGGAAGGCCGAGACGUUCCAUCCCAAGCCGUGGUUCCAGACGGACGAGAAAGCCCACGGCUACAAUGGCCCGCUGCACAUCGAGCCGCACGACCUGGCGCCCAUUUCGAGCCUGAUGCUGGAAAGCAUGGAGGAUAUGGGCCUCCCGCUGGUCCACGAUAUGUUCAGCAACGGCCAAACCCCUCAUGGGUGCGGCCAUGCACCGCGGACCGGCUACAAAGUCCACAAGGGCAUCAGAACGACCGGCGCGGACUUCGUCACCAAUGAUCAACACAGGGCCAAUAUCGACCUCCUGGUGGAAAAUGUUGUGGACAAGAUCAACUUUGAGGAGAAGGAUGGCGAAUUGCGGGCCACGAGCGUGGUGCUCGUCGGCAAGGAUGGCAGCACCAGAGAAGUGAAGGCGAGAAAGGAAAUCAUCGUCUCUGGAGGCGCAUAUUGCUCCCCAGCCAUUCUUCUCCGAUCAGGUAUUGGCCCCAAGGCUGAGCUGGAAGCGUUAGGGAUCAAGUGUCUCGUCGACUCGCCGGGAGUGGGAAAGAACUUGCUGGAUCAUCUGAUUGUGUUUGCAUUUUACGAGGUCACCAAAGAAGGACUGACAAACGACCACCUUGUGUAUCAUGGGGACGCCGCCAUGGCUGCGUAUAUGCUGUACAAGGAGAAGAAGGAAGGCGUCCUCUCCACGUUCCCCUUUGGCGCGUUUGCCUUUGCGAGACUGGACGAUCGGCUGAAAGAUGAGCCCCUGUGGAAGGAGGCAAAGAGGGAGCCUGGCCGUGACCCGAUGGGUCUCACUCCCAGGCAGCCGAACAUUGAGUUUUUCACCACCGAGUUGUAUGGUGGACCGAAGCAAUACGAUCAAUUUCCCAUCGACAAGAAACACGCCUUUGCCAUGAUCACCGAGCUGUUCUCACCCCAUUCACGGGGAACAGUGACUCUCAAAUCCAAAGACCCUCUCGAGAACCCCGUGGUGGAUUGCAAUUAUCUCGCCGACCCCCUCGACAUGCUGGUGCUGUCCGAGGGCUGCCGGCUGGGCAAUGAGAUCGUCAUGAACCUGAACAAGUUUGCCAAAGAGGAGAUUGUGAAGGGAUCGUGGCCGUCAGAUCUGACACAUCAUACUUACACGAAACGGGAAGAAUGGGUCCCAUACGUCCAACAAGAGGCCACCACCUGCUAUCAUGCCGCGGGGACGUGUAAGAUGGGGCGAGAUGACGAUAAGAUGGCUGUCCUCGACGAAAAGCUGCAGGUCCGCGGAGUCAAGGGCCUCAGCGUCGCUGAUACCAGCGUGAUGCCGACUCUUCACGGCGGCCACACUCAGAUGCCUGCUUACGGCAUUGGCGAGAAAGCGGCUGAUCUGAUCAAGGCGAGAUGGUCAAAGGCCUAG